GCUGCUUUACUCUGCAUUGAAUGCACUGUAGUGAGGCUGCUCUGUCAUUAAACAUAAACUGAUCCUCAUCUUUAAGUACACUGGAAGCUGCAAAUUAUCUCAAGAUCACUUCAAAGGUCUCAUCAAGCAGAAGGUGACGUUAGGAGAUGAUUUAAAGGUGAAAAUGACAAGGUUUCCACCCCUCAAACCUUGGCCACUUUUCUGACAACACAGUCUGAGAGCUCUGAUGUCUUCUUUACUCUGGGAAUAGGAUUGGUAACGAAAAAGAGAAUUUUUUUUUUAAUCCUGAUAAAGAAGAUUAUUGGGAAGCUAUUUAAAAUCCCUUAUUGUGGUACAGAUGGAUUUUAAAAAGUGUUAGAUCUUUCCAAUGAACACUAAUAGAGUACUCUGCUCUUGGUUGGAUUACUCAGAGAAUGGCAAUGGUCUCUGCAAUGUCUUGGGUCCUGUAUUUGUGGAUAAGUGCUUGUGCAAUGCUGCUCUGUCAGGGGUCUCUUCAUCACACUUUCCAGCAGCAUCACCUGCACAGACCAGAAGGAGGAACGUGUGAAGUUAUAGCAGCACACAGAUGCUGUAAUAAGAAUCGAAUUGAGGAAAGAUCACAAACAGUAAAAUGCUCCUGCCUCCCUGGGAAAGUGGCCGGGACAACACGAAACAGACCUUCCUGUGUCGACGCUUCUAUAGUGAUUGGGAAAUGGUGGUGUGAAAUGGAGCCCUGCUUAGAGGGAGAAGAAUGCAAGACAUUACCCGAUAAUUCUGGAUGGAUGUGUGCAACUGGCAAUAAAAUCAAGACCACCAGAAUUCACCCAAGAACCUAAUAGCAUCUCCUGGAUGAGGGAACCACUGAUUUACAGAGGACAACAUAUUAAAAAUUUAAACCAUCUUCAAGCAUUGACAAGCCAAAUGGAUUUCUUAUUUGCACUUUGACUGUUGACCAGAUAAUAACAGUGGCUUUACUGUGUGAAAUAAAAUAUUCUAUGGAAAUAACACCCCAGAUUUUUGACAACAAAAAAGAAAAAUGGUUCUUUGGUAAAGUUUUCGUGAUUAUGAAGAAUGAACAACCGUCUUAUAAGUUUGGAUCUACAAUUUACUUUAUACCAUUUAAAAGUAUAUAUAUAUAUAUAAAUAUAUAUGAUAUUUUGAAAUAAAGCCUCACUCUUCAAGACAUUAAAUAGUACCACACUUUGCUGCAACUGCUGUAAUACUUUUUUUUAAUGAUCUGGAAGACACCUACCAGUUUCAGAGCAGUCAAAAGGGAGAGCGAACCCACGGCAGCACCAGGACACCUGGAGCUAUAAGAAUCGUGACGAUGCUGUGUCAACAGCUUCCUUUUUCUUUCAACAGAGUAUUGGAGAGAAUUACAUUAUUCCAUUUUCUUGUGUUCUGGAGGCUUUUUCCCCCUUGUGCAAUACUAGCAUGCUGGCUUUACUUACAUAACUAUACUUUAUACUUAACAAUGAUGAGUCUAUCCUCUUCCAGGAAAAUAUUUUUAGAGCUAUUAGAUAGUCCAUGAGGAAGAGAAGGACAACUCUCGAAUAAAAUACAGUAUGUAUUAAGAGUUUAUUUGGCAGAGUUUGGUAGACUGCGGGCUGCCUUCUUAUUAAAGGUGUACGUACAAACAACAUCUUCAGACUUUGUAUAGGUGGCAUAGACUCCAGUAAAAAUGUGAUUGCUAACUCCAAAGUUUUUUGCAUUGUUUACUCGAGAAUACAAAAACGGAUUUUGUUUCUUAACGUUUGAUUAAGAUGAGUUGGGAUUUGCACAAGGUUUGCUUCUUGCUAGCAUGUCUGGGUUGCUGCUGUCUUAGUCCUUCCUAUAGACAAACUUGCACUGUUUAAUUAAACUGGUUUACUUAAACCGAUGAAACCCCGCUGUGUGGACCCUCUUAUUUCAGUUUGAGUGGCUUAUUUUGAUUUAGCUUAAAACUAAUUGACUUAAGCUCAGCUGAUAUAGGACAUUCUUAAAACAAAAUAAGAGUUACCAUGCAGGGGUUUGUACCAGUUUAACGAAAUCAGUUCAAAUUAACACCUUUAUUUAAAGGAGUGCAGCUCUCUGUGUCGGAAAGCUCUUAGAAUGAUUAUGGCAGAAGUAGAACCUCGGGGCCGGAAUGUGCAAACCUAAUUUAUGUUUGUGAAUAUUUACUCACAUGAGUAGUCCCUUUAGUGGGAGUACUCAUGCGAAAAAGUGCUUGCCAGCGUGCAUGAAGGCUACACAGUCUAGCCUUGGGUAUUUGUAAAUUGAAGAGGUGUAUGGAAGUGCAGAAGGUAUUUUAUCCAGUCCCAUUUUCUCUUCUUUAAUAUUUUCAAUUUCCUUUCACCCUAGUUACCUGUCUCUCCCAAGACCGCCUUCACCCAGACUAAUCAGUUUUAAUCCAGUGCAGAGUAACAGCUGAGCUCGCUGACCCAAAGUCAGUCAAAAUUAUCCCACCAGCUUUCUUCCUCCUCUAGGGCAACCACUUCAGCACCUGAUAUUUCAGGAGGUGGAAAUUUGUCACUGUAAUUACAGUGUAUGUUAAAGCAGAAGUGCCAAGUGUCACAUCAGAUUCCACAUGGACUUUAUAUGCUGGUAACUGGAGUGUUGAUCCUCAAUAUAAAAAUGGAUUAUUGCUUCGUAAGAAAUAGUUUACCACUCUCCCCUUUUGAAUAGAUAUUUGGUCAGUUUCUGUAAAAUCAAAACAUGUCUGAAUAUAUUUUUUCUUGGGUGUAUUUUGAGAUCAGAAUCAGGCCAUAAAACGUAAUGCUGGUUUCUUUCAACAGUCUUCCUCCCCUUCCCCACCCUCCACUCCCACUCCCACUCCCCGCCCAUCUUACUUUUUGUCCAACAAAUACCUUUCUCCAUCCAGGGCUGGCUCCAGGCACCAGCAAAGGAAGUCAAGUGCCUGGGGCGGCCAAUAGAAAGGGGCG